AAGAAAAUGGGAAAAGCAAAGUGGACUCCUCCAACUUUGGAUAUGUUGACAUGUUAGUCCUUGAUAGGAUAGUUUUACUAUUCUUGUAUCCAAAAGCUCCCUAUUUUAACUCUUGUUUAAAAUUUAAAAGAGUGCAGAUUGACUUUGAUGGAGGACAAGUUGUUUUGUAAAGACCUCUAUGACCCAAUUGAGCACAAAGGCAUCAAACCUGCAGAAAUUAACGAUGCUGAUUGGAAAAAGAUUGAUCGCAAAGCUUAUGGUGUAAUCCGUAAAUGGAUUGACAUGAGUGUGAUUCAUCAUAUGGCUCAAGAGAAGGAGUCCUAUAAGUUGUGGACUAAGCUUGAAGAGCUGUUUGAAAGAAAGAAUGCCUUGAAGAAAGCUUCCCUCAUUAGAAAACUAGUCAAUCUCAAGUACAAUGAGGGCAAGAAUGUGUCUGAGCACUUGAAUAAUUUUCAAGAAAUUUUGAAUAAACUAGUUACAGUGAAGUUGGCCAUUGAUGAUGAGGUACGAGCAUUGAUUUUAUUGAGCUCUCUUCCGGAUAGUUGGGAGACUUUGGUGGUAACUUUAAGCAACUCAACAAGAGAUGGGGAGAUGACUCUGCAGCUGGUUAAGGACAGCAUAUUGCGUGAGGAAUCUAGAAGAAAAGAGCAAGGAAUUAUGAGUUCUGAGUCUGAAGCACUGGUUACUGAGUAUAGAGGGAGGAGUAAGCAAAGAGAUAAAAAUGUUAGGAAGAGGGCUGAUACUCAUGAAGAGAAGGAAGCCAAGGAGAACACUGCUGCAAUUACUUCUGAUGGUGAGGUAUACUUGCUAUGUGAGAAUGAUAACAUUGAUGCUGCUCAUCAUGAUUCUACAUGGGUUGUUGAUACUGCUGCUUCUUAUCAUGUCACACCAAAUAGAGACUGGUUUAGCUCAUAUAAAGAAGGUGAUUUUGGCUAUCUGAAGAUGGGAAACAGAUCUGAAGCCAAGAUUGUGGGUGUUGGUGAUGUUUGGCUUGAAACAAACAUUGGGUCCAAGCUGCACUUAAAAAAUGUGAGACAUGUUCCUGAAAUACGUCUCAAUUUGAUGUCUACAGAUAUGCUAGAUGAUGAUGGCUACCUUAAUUAUUUCGGUAAUGGGACUUGGAAACUCACAAAGGGCAUUAUGGAUGUGGCAAGAGGCAAGAAGAGAUUUUCACUCUAUGAAACUCAAGCAAAACAGUGUCAGGGACAUAUCAAUGUUACAGAAGCUGAUGCUACUGAGUUAUGGCACAAGAGACUGGGGCACUUGAGUGAGAAGGGACUUCAAAUCCUUAGCAAAAAGGACUCCUACCCGACUUUACAGGCUUUGAAGACUACGAUAUACUUGAUCAAUCGAUCCCUUUCUGUUGUUCUAAAUGGUGAUGUUCCAAAGAAGGUUUGGUCAGGCAAAGAAGUAUCCUACAAGCACUUGAAGGUAUUUGGCUGCAAGGCAUAUGUGCAUGUUCCAAAAGAGGAGAGAGCAAAGCUUGAUGCAAAGACAAAACAGUGCGUGUUCUUGGGAUAUGGUGAUGAGGAGUAUGGCUAUAGAUUAUGGGACUUGAAAAACAGAAAAUUAAUGAGAACCAGAGAUGUGGUGUUCAUUGAGAAUGAGACGGUUGAAGACUCAAAGAAGCAAGAUGACAGUGAGCACACUCAAGAAAUACCAGACAAAGAAACACAUCAAGAAGAGCAAGUGCAAUCACCACAGCAACCUCAAGUUAGGAGGUCCACUAGACUUCAUCAACCAUCUCGAAAGUACUCCACUGACGAGUAUGUGCUCUUGACUGAUGGGGGAGAGCCAGAAACUUAUUAUGAAGCUAUGGAGAGUGGAAACAAGAAGGAAUGGUUGAUGGCAAUGCAAGAAGAAAUGAGUUCUUUGCAAGAGAAUGGGACUUAUGAGCUGGGCUUUGGACAACAAAAAGUCAUUGAUUAUGAUGAGAUUUUCUCACCAGCAGUAAAAAUGCCAUCUAUUCGAGCUAUUUUGGCUUUGGCAGCUAGCUUGAAUUUAGAAAUUGAACAGCUGGAUGUUAAGACAGCUUUUCUCCAUGGUGAUCUUGAGGAGGAGAUCUAUAUGAAGCAACCAGAGGGUUUUGAGGUGCAAGGCAAAAAGAAUCUGGUUUGUAAAUUGAAGAAAAGCUUGUAUGGUCUCAAACAAGCUCCGAGGCAAUGGUGCCGUACGUUUGACUCUUUUAUGAGAGAGCAUAAAUUCGCUAGAACAGAAUUUGAUCAUUGUGUUUAUGUUAAGAGGUAUCCAGAUGGUGAUUUCUUGUUACUUUUGCUUUAUGUGGAUGACAUGUUGAUUGUUGGUCAUGACACAAAGAAAAUUUCAGUCUUGAAGACUGACUUGAGCAAGUCCUUUUCUAUGAAGGAUUUGGGUCCAGCAAACCAAAUUCUUGGAAUGAAAAUUUUUCGAGAUAGAAAGAACAAGAAGCUGUGGUUGUCACAAGAAAAAUAUAUUGAAAAGGUGCUGGACAGGUUCAACAUGAGCAAAGCAAAACCUGUGGGCACUCCACUUGCUGGCCAUUUCAAACUUAGCACAGAGCAGUGUCCUGCAAGCAAGGAGGAAGCAAAAUACAUGAAGAAUGUGCCCUAUGCUUCUGCAGUUGGUAGUCUAAUUGAUGCUGAUUUGGGUGGAGAUUUGGACUUUAGAAAGUCCACUUCAGGAUACUUGAUGCUUUAUGCAGGGGGAGCAAUUUCAUGGAAAUCAAAAUUGCAGAAAAGUGUUUCAUUAUCCACUACAGAAGCUGAGUAUAUAGCUUUUUCUGAAGCAGGAAAAGAGAUUGUAUGGAUGAAGAUGUUUUUUGAAGAAUUAGGUCUUAAGCAAGAAAGAUUUGUGUUGUUUUGUGAUAAUCAAAGUGCAAUUUACUUGAACAAGAAUCCACAAUUCCAUUCCAGAACCAAGCAUGUUGAUUUGAGGUAUCAUUGGAUACGUGAUGCAAUUGAAGAAAAGGUGCUUGAUGUUGAGAAAGUUCACACGGAUGACAACAGCUCGGAUAUGAUGACCAAGUCCUUGGUGAGAAGCAAAUUUGAGUUUUGCAAAUCACAAGCUGGCUUGGUGGAGCCCCCCAACUAGCUCGGGCGGGGGAGAUUGUUGAGCUAGCCCUCCCAAGUUGGGUGGCUCAACAAUGGAGGUGCACCUUGAGUGCACAGUG